GGGAAUUGUGGGUAAUCUAUUGCGACGACAACGACAAGCCCUCUCAAAAUGGCAACCGAGCCAAACUAAAAAAAUACCAUAUUGUGGGACCAAAAUAACCCCCAUUCUCUCAUAGUUGUAUAGAGAUAUUGUGAUAAAUUUCUUCAUCAUGGAAAGCGCUGGCGGAUCGAAUCAGAAAAGCGAGUUUUUGGUGGGAGGAAAGUAUCGUUUGGUAAGGAAAAUAGGCAGUGGGUCUUUCGGAGACAUUUAUCUUGGUAUCAACAUAACAAACGGAGAAGAGGUAGCUGUGAAACUUGAAUCAACAAAGGCUCGACAUCCUCAAUUGCUGUAUGAAAGUAAACUGUACAAGAUUCUUCAGGGUGGUGUAGGUAUCCCCCAUAUUCGCUGGUAUGGCCAAGAAAAAGAUUACAAUAUCCUUGUAAUGGAUCUCCUCGGACCAAGUCUGGAAGAUCUAUUCAACUUCUGUUCUCGCAGAUUCACAAUGAAAACCGUUUUAAUGCUUGCUGAUCAAAUGAUAGGCCGUAUUGAGUAUGUCCACAACAAGAACUUCAUCCACAGGGAUAUCAAGCCUGACAACUUUCUCAUGGGAAUAGGACGUCAUUGCAACAAGGUAUUCCUGAUCGACUUUGGAUUGGCCAAAAAGUAUCGAGACAGCCGUACUCGUACACACAUUGCUUACAGAGAAGAUAAAAAUCUCACUGGAACUGCCCGAUAUGCAAGUAUCAAUGCACAUUUAGGUAUUGAACAAAGUCGAAGAGAUGACAUGGAAUCCCUUGGAUACGUUUUGAUGUACUUCAAUCGUGGAAGUUUACCGUGGCAAGGACUUAAAGCCAACACAAAGAAACAAAAAUAUGAAAAAAUCAGUGAGAAAAAGAUGUCCACACCUGUUGAAGUUUUGUGCAAAGGUUUCCCAGCAGAGUUUGCCAUGUAUUUGAACUAUUGCCGUGGACUGCGCUUUGAAGAGGCACCAGAUUACAUGUAUCUGCGACAGUUGUUCCGAAUUCUCUUCCGAACCCUGAAUUAUCAGUAUGAUUACACGUUUGAUUGGACAAUGUUGAAACAGAAAGCAGCACAAGUUGCCCAGUCAACAGCAACUGCAGCUGCAACCGCAGGCCGCUAAAGUUUAAUUUGAUGGGAAAAGAAAUCUUAACGGAAAAGAGAAACUUUGAUGUGAUAGAUAUAAAAGAAUGCUCAUGAUGUACUAACAUGUCUGAGUAAUGUUCUGUCAAAUUUGAUUAGAUUGAUUUGAAAACUGUAUUUUCUUUUUCAACUGGUAUGGAAAACAAAUUACAAAAACAAGUUUAAGUGUAGAGAUCAUUUGAAUUAUGAUUGGAAAAGAAUUACAGAACGGUUUUGAGAGUCAAGAUCUGUAGUAUUGUAUGAAUGUUGAAAUGGAUGAAUUUGAUGUAAAUUCAAAAUUAUAAAAGUAGUAAAAGCUUUGUGCUUUAUUGAGCUUUUUGUUGGUACAGGAUUCUGCAGAUGCUUUCUGUGCUUUUAAAAUUUUAAGAAUGAGUAUUUGAUUUUUCUUACUUUCUUUUGAAUUGCUUAGAUAUAAGAAAAGACCUUAUUUAAUGUAUUUUCCCCAGAAUUUAUUUUGAAAAAUUUAUGGAUUAAACAAUUCUAAUACUGAGCUAUCUAAUUGUAACAGUGUUAUACACUGAUGAUUUCAUGUUGUAUAUUUCAAUAGAAAUAUUGUGCCCACCGGCAAAAAAAUUCAGACACAUUGUACAACUUUAAAAUUAUGUACAUAAGAUUUUUUUAUCUAUGUAUUAAUGUAUUAACUUGAACAUUUAUUUGCUUUUAUAUCUGUGAAAUUUCGGUUUGAAGUGGAUUGUUUAAAAUAGUCAAUGUCUUGUGGUCCAUAUUUUCAUGUCACCUGUUUCUUCCUGGAAAUUUAUAAACAUUUAUAGCAGGAUGAUUUUGUUUUCCUUUAAUAUUUUUAACAUUUUUUUUAUGAAGUGGUAAACUGAUAAUGCGAUAUAUGUAACUCAUGCUAUAUUUGUUUAAGGGAACUCUGUAGAUGUGUGUAUGUGUUGUGUGAGGGAGAGAAAGAGGGGUAGAUGAAUGAUGAUGUAUGAUAUAUUUAUAAUGUCCUUUUUUCUGUUAAUAACUUUUUUUCCCGUUUAUUUGUUAAACAAGUUUAACAAACGUCAAAUGUUAAAUCAUUUAUAACAGUUGUUGUCAUCAUAUAAUUUAUUGAAUCUUAACAUCUGCAGAAAAAAGUUAGUUGUCAACACCCACAAGUAGGAAUCAUUUGAUGUAGUUAUGUAUUGUAACUUAGUAGUUUUACAUAUAUGAAAAACAGUUUGUAGAUAUCUACUUCAUUUUUUUUCCACAAUAUAUAUAAGUCUUUUUAGAUUUUUUCCUUCAUUGAAAGUUAAAACCAAGGACAUCACUUGUGAUGCUUUUUUAACAUUGUUUUUAUGACGUAUAAGUAAAUUAGGACUUGCGCUAACACAAGUUUUAUUUCAUCUGUCUGUUGCUGUUUGUAUGAGGAGACAAAAUGAAUUUGUAUGUAUUCAAUCAAUUAGAACACAAAUGUAAUGUUUGAGAUAUCAGAGUCCAAUAAAAUCCUCUGUGUGGUGAA